AUGAAUCAGUUUAUCGUUAGUUUCCUCAUUUUGGCGCUGACCACCAGCGCGCUCUCCUCAUCCGUCUCGCCGGUGAAGAGACACUCCGGCGCGGAUGACAGCGCCUCAACACUGGCCUUUGUCUUCGAUGUUACCGGCUCUAUGUACGACGAUCUCAAACAGGUGAUAGAUGGUGCUUCUCGGAUCUUGGAGAGAACCCUGAGCCGCAGAACAAGACCAAUCAAGAACUUCGUGCUGGUUCCUUUCCAUGAUCCAGACAUUGGUCCUGUUUCCAUCACAACUGAUCCCAAGAAGUUCCAGAAGGAUCUUCAAGAGCUGUUUGUUCAGGGUGGAGGGGAUUGUCCAGAGAUGAGCAUUGGGGCCAUCAAGAAGGCUCUGGAGGUUUCUCUACCUGGAUCCUUCAUCUAUGUUUUCACAGAUGCCCGAGCCAAAGAUUAUCGCUUGAAAAGAGAUGUUCUUCAGCUUGUACAGCUCCGACAGUCUCAGGUUGUGUUUGUGCUGACGGGGGACUGUGGGGAUCGGUCUCAGCCGGGAUACAGAGCUUAUGAGGAGAUUGCUGCCACCAGCUCCGGUCAAAUUUUUCACCUGGACAAACAGCAAGUCAAUGAGGUUCUUAAAUGGGUUGAGGAAACUGUCCAGGCUAUGAAGGUCCACCUUCUCUCGUCCGACCAUGAAACUGCCCAGGAGACUCAGUGGGAGGUGUCCUUUGACCCCAGUUUAAAAGAAGUCACUGUGUCAUUGAGUGGUCCAGCACCACAAAUUGAGCUCAGAGACCCUCUUGGUCGCGUAGUUGGAGAGAGACAGGGUCUGACAGAACUGCUCAACAUCCCAAACUCAGCACGGGUGGUCAACCUGAAGAACCCUCGACCAGGACCAUGGACAUUAAAGGUGGGCUGCGGUGGGAGACACACACUUAGAGUAACAGGUGUGAGCAACCUGGACUUCAGGGCGGGUUUUUCUAGUAUACCUGUCACAGAGUUCAGCAGGACCAGAGAGAGACCUAUUAAAGGCGUUCCAGCCCACAUGAUGCUGAAGUGUUCAGGUCUGAAGCCUCCUGGUCUGGUUACCAAUAUGGAGCUAGUAUCUUUAGGGGGCCGCUCUUUGCGUACCAUUCCUGUGCCUUUGCCUGACGAUGGAGGCUCAGGAGGUAUUUGGAGGAUCCCAGAGUUUCGAACACCCUCUCAGAGCUUCUUCCUCAAAGUGUCUGGAAAUGAUGGAGAUGGCUAUAACUUUCAGAGACUGUCUAGUGUGUCAUAUACCAACAUUAUCCCAGAGCCUCCACGAGUGAACAUGCCCACUGGGGUAAGAGGCUUCUACAUGCAGCCUGCUACGAUUGACUGCUCUGUGGAGAGUGACCUGCCUUAUAGGCUGAGAUUCACCAAAGGUGGAAGCACAAUAGGAGAGGAAAGAACCUAUGAGUCUUCAGUUAAAGCAUCAUGGGAAAUUCCCCAUGCCUCAGGCAGUGAUGAAGGAGCAUAUGAAUGUGUGGCCCAGAGUAGUGCAGGCAUGGGACGAGCUCUCACGCAACUCACUGUCAGAGAGCCCCCUCCUGUUCUGCAUCCUCCCGUGAAUGUGACGUCAUUCCCGGGGACAGUGGCAGUGCUGUCCUGUCAGGUUCAAGGCUCUGUGCGGCACAACCUGACCUGGUAUCGGACCGGCACCGCUUUAUCAUCCCGCUCAGGAAGGGUGAAAGUACUGGCCAAUUCCUCUUUGGAGAUCAGUUGGGUUCGCAGCCAGGACACCGGACCCUACCAGUGCAGAGCCACAAACGCCCACGGAGAGAGCCAGGCUGUCGUAUGGCUGGUGGUCCUAGAGGCCCCAUCUGUGGUUGUCUCCCCUCAGACACAAAGCUUCUCUCUGGCUGCAGAGGUCCACAUCUCCUGUUCGGCAUCUGGUUCCCCUCCUCCAAAGGUUUUCUGGAGCCAUGGCAACAUCUUUCUGUCCAACCACUAUCGCGGCAGGGACUGGGAGACUGGGGAUCUGGAUCUGGGAACAGUUCCAUUUGCGGAGCAGAAUGUCCAUCGUGGAUCGCUGCGGAUCCGUGGGGUUCAGGAACUGGAUUCUGGAGACUAUACCUGUGUGGCCUCAAACAUUGCCGGGUCUGCCUCUGCUGUGGUCAUACUACAGGUGGGAGCUGCUCCUGUGUUCUCCGAGUCUCCGGUGGACAUAACAGCCGGUGUGGGUGAUAACAUUACUCUACCAUGCAUCGCCCGUGGUUUCCCCACACCUUCUCUGACAUGGAGACGCCAGGACGGACGUCCCAUUUUUGGCAAGUCAUCUGGCCAUGUCGGUACCUCUCAACUGCCUUCCGGUGCCCUUCAGAUCCAGAGUGUUUGGGUUGAUGAUGAAGGUGUUUAUGUUUGUGAGGCCAAAAACCAGUUUGGAUCCAUCAAGGCUCUUGCCAGAGUCACUGUUGCUGGCUUAGAACCCCCAUUAUUAAUUCAAGGUGCACCAGCUGUCACAGUGAUGAUCGGUCAGCCUUUGAACCUUCCCUGUAUGUUAUUAGAUGGCAUUCCUCUUCCUGACAGAGUUUGGACGCACAAUGGAAAACAAGUGCGUGUUGGUGGAAGAGUCUUUCUAAGGAGUGAUGGCAGUCUGCAUGUAGAUAGAGCUGGAGCAGGUGAUGCUGGGACAUAUGUGUGCACUGCCAUCAAUGUAGCAGGAUCAGCCAAUAUAACCGUCACAGUGGAACUUCAUGCUCCUCCUGAUAUCAAGGCUGGUCCUCUGCACUACACAGCCAACGAGGGCACACCCAUCUCCCUGUCCUGUGAAGCAAGUGGGGUCCCCAAACCCACCAUCGUCUGGUCCAAGAGCAAAAAGGGGCUGGGGGAUAUGCAGGAGGAAUGCCUGAUUCAACCUGAGAAGCCGCUUCAGAGGUUUCAGACAGGAUGUGCAUUCCAGUGGUGCAUUCAAGUCACGUCGGAAAGAUUGUUCACCAUUCUGCCGUCUGGUUCUCUGAAGAUUAGUGAUGUCAGGCUGAUAGACAGUAAAUUCUACACCUGUUCUGCUGCUAACCCAGCUGGCAACGUCUCACUCACCUACAAUUUGCAAGUACAAGCUAAACCAAGGAUUCAGCCAGCACCUUCGUCUCUUAAGGCUUUGAUUGGCCAGACGGUGGUGUUGCCAUGUGUGGUCCAAGGAGAGCCAAGCCCUCAGAUCAGCUGGCUUCAUAACGGACUUCUUGUGGGCAGUGAUAGGAUGCUGAAGAUCCAGGCGGUCCAGCACUCGGACAGUGGCACGUAUAGUUGUGUAGCCAAGAAUAGUGCUGGAGAAGAGACCAUCGAGAUUGUUCUGAACAUUUUAGAGGGCCCCUAUUUCAAGACACAUGGAGAGACCAUCAUUGAGACUGUGGCUAACAGCAGAGUGCUCAUCCCUUGCCCUGCAAGAGGGUCUCCUGCUCCUUGGGUGCGAUGGUUCAAAAAUGGCCUGGAGGUUCAUAUGGAGCGAUCGGAGCACGGUGUGUCUUUGGCUGAGAAUGGCUCGCUGGUGAUUGGCUCCGCUUCGGCCAGUCACAGUGGAGAUUUUAAGUGUGUGGCCAGUAAUGAAGCAGGAUCAGUGGAGAGGAAGACCAGGCUAAAGGUCAAUGUUCCACCGGAGAUCCAAGACGAUGGGCAGCCUUUGAAUCUGACGGUCACACUGAAGCAGCCCCUCACACUGGGAUGUGAUGCUUUCGGUAUCCCAACCCCAACCAUUACCUGGACUAAAGACAACAGACCUGUAUUGGAGACUCCAGGGGUGUAUCUGCAGAAUGGAAAAAGACUUUUAAAGAUUUACCGUGUUCAGCAUGAUCACGCUGGCCACUUUUCCUGCACUGCCCAGAACUCUGCUGGGGAAGACAGGAGGGAGUAUAUUAUUGAAGUACAAGCUCCACCAGUAAUUUCAGGCACCUCAGGAGUGCAGGAAAUGACUGUCAUGGCAGGGCAGGAAGUGGACAUGCAGUGCAGAGUUAGUGGCCGCCCACUGCCUACAGUGGAAUGGAGUCAUGAUGGAGAAAUUUUAUCCCCUAAUGGAGACCCUCAUGUGGAGUUUCUGGAGAAGGGGCAGGUUUUGAGAGUCAAGUCUGUCAGGCCGAGGGAUCGUGGCCUAUAUCUGUGUAUGGCCAGUAACAACGCUGGGACUCAGACACGGCAGUUCAGGCUGAACGUACAAGCUGCUCCCAUGAUUCAUGAUGCCGGUGAGAAUUCAGAGGUGACUGUCGUUCUGGGCUUCCCUGCUGUUCUUCACUGUGAAGUUGAGGGGAUCCCACUUCCCACUAUCACCUGGCUAAAGGACAACCAGCCCAUUGUGUCCAGCCCUCAGCUCACGUACACACAGAGUGGACAGUCUUUGCGUGUGGCUGCAGCCCGUGGUGAGGAUGCAGGCACCUACACCUGCCGAGCAACUAACCUGGCUGGAACAGCACACAGACACCACACACUAAGAAUUAUGGUACCUCCACAGAUUGAGGGGGAUUCUACGACUCUCAGCUUUGGCAGAAGAGAAGAGAAAGUGAGAAUUAAUGGGACAUCGACUUUGUCAUGCCUGGCCAAAGGCUUUCCAGAGCCUGUCACACAAUGGUUUAAAGAUGGACAGCUAUUAAAUGGGAAUACACACACCGGUCUGAGAGUGAACAGUCACAUGCUCCUCAUCGAGAAUGCCAUGUUGUCUCACGAGGGCCAGUACACAUGUGUGGUUACCAAUUCUGCUGGAGAGGACAAGAGAGACUUCCACCUGAUUAUACAGGUUCCUCCAAUCUUUCACCGGGUAAUAAAUGGUGCUGCUGGUUUCUCACUGGGGGAGAGAGAAGAUGAAGAGGAUCCUGACGGCACUGAAGGGAUGGUUGAAAGACGAGAGGUGGUACUGGGACACUCCAUCAGUCUGUCCUGUGAAAGCAAUGCUAUUCCUCCUCCUCGACUCAGCUGGUACAGGCAAGGCAGGCAACUUACCAGCUCAGAUGGAGUUGCGUUGUUACCUGGAGGGAAUGUCUUGCAGAUCCCACGGGUUCAGCUUGAGGAUGCUGGGAAAUAUACCUGCCAGGCUGUGAAUGAAGCUGGAGAGGACAAAAUGCACUAUGACCUGGAGGUGUUGGUUCCUCCUUUGAUUGAUGGCCAGACUGAUGAGUUCAUGCAGGACGUGGAUGCUGUGGUCAACUCGACUAUAUCACUGCGCUGUGAUGUCACAGGAAACCCCACUCCAUCUGUAUCUUGGCUGAAGGAUGGUCUGCCCCUCUACAGCGGCCCUCACCAUCAGAUAUUAGAGGAUGGGAAACUGCUGGAGAUACUGAAUGUACAAGUGUCAGAUGCGGCCAGUUAUCAGUGUGUGGCAGAGAAUAAGGCUGGAGCUGUCGAGAGACUCUACAGCUUGUCUGUUCAAGUUCCACCAAGGAUCGUGGGUCGCCGAGAGGAGGAUAUGAGUGUGGUGGAGGGUCACAUGAUCUCUCUGCUGUGUGAUGUGCAGGCAUACCCACCUGCUGACAUCAUCUGGACCAAAGAUGGGCAGGUGCUGGAGUUCAGCACUGGCAUCCACAUCCUGCCAGGUGGUCAGAUGCUGCAGCUUCCCAGGGCUGGACAGCAAGAUGCCGGCCAGUAUGUCUGUACAGCCACAAACUCAGCCGGACAAGACCAAAAGAGCAUUCUCCUUACCGUCUACGCCCUGCCUUCACUGGUGCCACGUCUUGAAUCAGAGUCAGAGGUUAUGACACCUCAGGUCGGGUCAUCGCUUAGUCUGCGUUGUGAAGCCAACGGCACCCCUGAACCAGAGGUCACAUGGUAUCGUAAUGGACUUCAGCUGGCUGCUGGGAAUGGUUUGAGGAUAGAGCGCCAGCAACUUGAGAUAGUUGGGGUGCAGGUGGCUGAUGGCGGGGUGUACACCUGUAAGGUGUCCAACAUUGCAGGUCAAGUAGAUCGCACCUUUAGAGUAACAGUCCAUGUGCCUCCUGUGAUGGAGGGCCCUCUUCAUGAGACGCUCACUCAAAACAUGGGCUCACACAUCACCCUCAUCUGUGAGGCCUCUGGCGUACCUGUACCCAACAUUGCUUGGCUGAAAGACGGCUCUCCUAUCGAAAGCAGUUUGCAGUGGAACUGGUCAGCGAGAGGAAACCGACUGGAGUUAGGCCCUCUGCAGCUCUCUCAUGCCGGCACUUACACAUGCAUCGCUAAAAACAGUGAAGGGCAGACGCAGAAAGACUACUCACUUACUAUAUUUGCGUCACCCACAAUUAUAGAUUCUGGCCACCCAUCAGAGGUCAGUGCACCUGUUGGGGAGGAACUGACUCUUGAAUGUCGGGUGAUGGGUACACCUACUCCCAAAGUGAGCUGGCUGAAGAACGGAAAGACUCUUGAGAAUGGAAACAAAGAGCAUAUAGCUAUCUCUCCUGAUGGGAGCACUCUAACACUUCUGAAUAUAAGGCCAGAAGACUCCGGAACAUACACCUGCCUGGCUGUCAGCUCUGCUGGCCAAGAGAGCAAGAUCUAUACCUUGUUUGUACUGGUUCCUCCCUCCAUGAGUGGGGAGACCAGCGUCCCCCGUGAGGUGCACACCACUCAGCACAGUGUGGUCACACUGGAGUGCAAAGCCAUUGGGACUCCUCAACCUCAAAUUAGCUGGCUGAGGGACGGUCAUCCUUUACUCCUCUCACCCCAUGUCCGCCUGCUUUCUGCAGAUACUGUUCUUAGGAUUGCACCAGUACAGCUGUCUGAUUCUGGCAUCUACACUUGUGUGGCUCGUAGCAGAGCUGGAUCAGCUGAACUCAACUUUGACCUCCACGUGCAAGCUCCCCCUGCGGUUGAGCGCACAGAGCCGACUGAGCAGGUGGCCGUGGUCCAGGGCUCUUCGGUAACACUGACCUGUGAAGCCCGGGGUGUGCCUCCUCCAACUCUAUCGUGGCUGAAGGAUGGCCAACCGCUUUCGCUGCACCGUAAUCUUCUGCUGGAUGGACAGGAAACCCGCUUCUUGCUCUCUGAUGUGGGUCCCAGUGAUGGAGGCCUCUACAGCUGUGUGGCGAGCAACCAGGCAGGAAGCAGUACCAAGACUUUCAACCUGACCGUGCUAGAGCCCCCCAAGAUCUCUGGCUCUUCAUCCCCUGACGAGCAGCUGGUUGCACUGGACAGUGUGCUGGAGCUGGAGUGUAUCGCGACCGGUCUUCCCCCUCCAACCCUCAGCUGGCUGAAAGAUGGGCGUCCACUACAGGACAGCAUGGCAGUAAUAGAGAGAGAUGGGCAGCUGCUCAGAAUCAACCAAGUUCAGGUGGAGGACGCAGGUCUGUAUACCUGUAUUGCUAGUAGCCCAGCAGGAGAGGAUGGCAGAAACCAUUGGGUGCGCGUUCAGCUUCCACCCACUCUUCUCGGCUCUAAUGACAUCAGAACUGUAUCGGUUCCAGCUAAAGGUCACUUGACACUGGAGUGUCAAACCAACAGUGACCCUCCACCAGAGAUUGAGUGGUACAAGGAUGAUGUCAAACUACAGUUGGGAGGUCGAAUUCAGUCCAUUGCUGCUGGACAGUAUUUGGAAAUUCAAGAUGUCCGGACCCAAGAUAGUGGACAGUACAGCUGUGUGGUCACCAACAUUGCUGGCAGCACCAGUCUGUUCUUCACUGUAGAGAUUCUCUUGCCGCCGGUCAUCAGAGAGGGCAGCUCACUGAUCGUAGCACAUGUCAAUCAGGAUGCAGUGUUGCCAUGUCAGGUGGAGGGAGGGCCUUCCUCAUCUGUCCUGUGGAGGAAAGAUGGCGGUCCAGUCCCACUUCACCAUGGCAGAUUCAACUUGCUAUCAGAAGGCUCUUUGCGCAUUGCGUCAGUGCAGCUGUCUGACGCCGGGCGUUACUACUGCAGUGUAUCAAAUCAGGCAGGAUCAGACCAUCGCGGCAUGGACCUUAAAGUCUACGUUGGGCCCUCGAUUAGCCCUGGCCCCUUUAAUGUGACGGUGGUCACAGGUCAGAGAGCAGUGUUGAGUUGUGAGAGCACCGGCAUACCUGCUCCUCAGGUGAGCUGGAAAAGGAACGGCUCACCCCUCAAUGUAGAUCUUCAGUCUGGCGCUUACAGGUUAAUGUCUUCUGGCUCUCUGAUCAUUUCCUCACCGUCUGUUGAGGAUGAGGGCUACUUUGAGUGCACAGUGACCAAUGAGGUUGGAGAAGAGCGAAGGGUCAUAGAGGUCAUUCUGCAAGUUCCUCCUCUAAUUAAAGAUGAUGUCAGCAGUGUUACAGCUGUUAAAAUGUCUCCUGUCGUGUUGCCAUGUCAUGCCAUGGGCCGUCCAGAGCCUGUCAUCAGCUGGAACAAGAACUGGAUGCAGCUAGGCACUCGAGGGGGCAGUUACCGUGUGCUGCCCACAGGUGCACUGGAGAUCUUGGCUGCAACACCUAGUCAUGCUGGCAAAUAUACCUGCUCUGCCCGCAAUUCUGUUGGAGUGGCUUACAAACACGUUACUCUUACUGUACAGGAGCCCCCAGAGAUCAGACCCAUGGCAGAAGAAGUCCAGGUGGUGUUACAUCACUCAGUGGUUCUACCCUGUGAAGUACAAGGAUUCCCAAGACCCACCAUUACAUGGCAGCGAGAAGGUGUUCCUGUGGCAACAGGUCAUAGACUGACAGUGCUCCCCAAUGGAACUUUGAAGUUUUCACGGGUCACUCUUGGAGAUGCUGGAACAUACCAGUGUUUAGCACAGAAUGAAGCAGGAACAACUAUGGGAAGAACCAACCUCAUUUUACAAGUUCCUCCGGUGUUGUCUGUGCCUCAUCUGGAGUACACAGCAAUUCUUGGCCAUCCGGUCAGUCUGGAGUGUACCGCGGACGGUCAGCCAAAGCCAGAAGUGACAUGGCACAGGGAGCGUAGGCCUGUUGUGGAGGGCACACACCUGAGACUGUUCUCUAACGGCACACUGCACAUCACUGCCACUCAACGCAGCGAUGCAGGAAUCUACACCUGCUCAGCCCGAAACAACGCUGGUAGAGCCAGCCAUGACAUCAGAGUAAUUCUGCAAACCCCACCACAGAUUUAUGUUGGUCAGUCAGAGAUGUCGGUCAUCCAGGGAUUUCAAGCACUUCUGCCAUGUGCAGCACAGGGUCUUCCAGAGCCCAGGGUGAGCUGGGAGAAACAGGGAGUCCCUGUGCCAACCCUCCCGGGCAAAUUCACUCUGCUGAGGUCAGGAGAACUGAUUAUCGAAAGGGCUGAGCCUGGUGAUGCGGGUCUGUUCACAUGUGUAGCCACCAACACUGCUGGAACAGCUCGACGGGACAUUCGCCUGUCUGUCAACAUGAGACCUGCUUUUAAAGAGUUACCUGGUGAUGUGACGUUGAAUAAAGGCCAAAGUCUCACCCUGUCCUGCCAUGCUCAGGGUACUCCACCCCCCACCAUAACAUGGACUGCCAACAACAGGCCCUAUACAGGUGCAAGUGUUGAUGGAUCUGGCAGAAGUUCAGUGAUUAUUGACAGUGCCACUGUAAGUGAUGGUGGCACCUAUGUCUGCAUUGCAGAGAACACUGUAGGAUCCAUAAGGGCUCUUUCGUUUGUGCGUGUCAGAGAACCUCCCGUGCUGAGAGGGGAAGCCCACACAACUAAGACUGUAGUUCAGGGUAAAGCUGCCAUGCUGGACUGCGCUGUCAGCGGGGACCCUGUCCCUUCCUUGCGGUGGCACAAAGAUGGCCGGCCGAUACUUGGCUCUCUGCGGUUUCAUCCCCUCCGCAAUGGCUCUCUGGUUUUGUAUAGUGCCACGAUCGGAGAUUCAGGAGAGUACAGAUGUGUUGCUGAAAGUGAGGCGGGCGCUGCGGAAAGAACAAUAUCUCUGAAAGUACAAGUUCCAGGGGGCUACUCAAACUGGGAGGAGUGGGGCCCGUGCAGUGCCACCUGUGGGCAAGGCAUCCAGGAGCGAAUCAGAUUCUGUAACAACCCACCUCCAGCCAAUGGUGGGCCAUCGUGCGAGGGUCCAAACGUGGAUUCCAGGAAAUGUCAAGCCUCUUUGUGUCCAGGCGAGUCUCCGCGGCGUGCACGGGGCAGUCUGAUAGGCAUGAUUAAUGAGAAGGAGUUUGGAGUGGCCUAUCUGGAAGCCAAUAUCACAGAGAAUGAAGCGGAUGGCACCAGCACGCUGGAUGCCCAUGUAGAAAACAUUCCUCCAAGUGUCGGUCCUUUGUUGCGAGUUCUUGUGUCAGUAUUUGCCCCAAUUUACUGGACAACUGUAUAUCAAUCACCGGAAACCCAAAAUGGCUUCUCUCUCACUCAAGGGCAGUUCAGACAGGAAUCUCAGCUGGAGUUUGACACAGGAGAGGUCUUAAAGCUGACUCAUGUGGCCAGAGGUCUGGAUGCGGAAGGGGCUCUGCUAGUGGACAUUGUGAUCAACGGCUUUGUUCCUCCUAUGCUGUUGACUUCUAAUCUCAAUCUGCAGGAGUUUGACGAGUCAUAUGUGCAGACAGGCUCCGGGCAGCUUUAUUCCUGGUCCUCACAGAAUCACAUGUGGGACGGGUCUCCUCUGACCCUAAGAUGCAAUCAUUCUGUGGUUUUUGAAGGGCCGGAGAACCGUCAGGGGCCCCUGCUGCAGCUCCUCAGACUGACAGGAAUAAGUAGCACCUACAGCUUUUUCACUCUCAGCCUGGAGUUCAAGAUGACUGCCAGUUUACUCAUACCAGAGGGUAAUGGAGAGACGUGUCCAAAAGGUUUUGUAUUGGACACAGCAUCUUACUGUGCCGAUGAGGACGAAUGUGCUGUUGACUCUCCCUGCUCACACUCAUGUAAUAAUAUCAUGGGUGGUUUCUCCUGCGCGUGUCCUUCUGGAUUCACCAUCUCUACCGAGUCCAACACCUGCCGAGAUAUUGAUGAGUGCACCCAAGGUUCCCACUUGUGUCACCCCAACCAGCAGUGUGUGAACACUGUUGGGACGUAUCGCUGUCAAGCCAAGUGUGGCCUGGGCUUCAAACCCAGUUUAGUUGGCACCAGUUGUGAAGAUAUCGAUGAAUGUGCAUUUAAAAAGCCUUGCCAACAUGAGUGCAGAAACACAAUAGGAAGCUACCAGUGCACUUGCCCACCAGGAUACCAACUAUUAUCCAAUGGCCGAACAUGCAAAGAUAUUGAUGAGUGCACUGUGCAAGGUGUUCAGUGUGGCCCAAACCAAAUGUGCUUUAACACACGGGGGGGCUAUCAGUGUCUUGACACACCCUGUCCCACCAGCUACCAAAGAGGACGCAAUCCAGGCACCUGCUACAGGCCUUGCACUUCCAGACUAGAUUGUGGCUCCACAGGCUUUCCUCUGCUCCAGUACAAGCUCCUCACUCUUCCUCUGGGCAUACCAGCACACCACAACUUGGCUCGUUUGUCAGCUUUCUCCGAAUCAGGUGUUCUCCAAGACCACACAUCCUUCACUAUCCUGGAGCAAGGAGGGGAAAAUGGAGAGAGGCCUUUUGGCAUCAAGGACGAAGCAGGAAGAGGCAUCAUAUUCACAGUAAAGCCUUUAGACUGGCCCGGCCUGGUGCGACUUCGGGUACAAGCCACUACGCUGUCAGACCAGGGGCGCAUAACCUACCAGAGUAUCUUUAUUAUCUACAUCUCCAUAUCCAAAUACCCCUACUGAGUGCGCAAGACUGCACAGGAUGUACUGUUGCUUAAUGGGACAUGGGAGAAGCAUUAGUAAAUGAACUCGAUUCCCACCUAUUUAUGUGCCCUCUUGUGGAGCGGAAUGUUGGAUUAUUGAAUUAUCAUCAGGAUAAUAAAUACAUUGCAUCUUUUAUAAUUACUAUUAUUUGAAAAUAUUGUAGUAGCUUUCAAAUCUUACCUGGGCUCUUUAGUUUUCACUGAUUUGCUGUUAUUUCUCCAUUUUUGUGGUAAUGAAUCAGGAUAUAUC